AUGAUCUCUAUAUUCAAGACUCCUUUGGGCCAGAAGCAGAGAUUGGGUGUUGUUUUCUUAGUGUUUGCCCUGCUGCUCUUCCUCUCUCACCAGUACCUAUACGAUACUUCAGAUGAGCGGCUCCACAAUGCCGAUCUAUCGUUUGACAAUGCGGAGAAGGACGCUGGUGCAACCAGCCUCCCGGUUCCGGAAGAAACUCAUGAGACCUCCACCGCAAUAGCUUCUAUGCCUCCAACAGAGACUCCCAGUGCUGCAGUUGGGAAACUGGAUGCUCAGGACUUCCGGCUACCAGCUGUCAUUGCGUCGGCCCGAAGUACAACCAACGUUACCUGGAUGGAUGAGCUGACAGUUGGCUGGGACUUGUAUCCUUACAACGUCGACGACCCAUACCCACCACCUCAUCUCACCAUUCCGGCAAACAAAGGCCAUGAAGCGAUGGCCUACCUCACCUUCAUCAUCGACAACUACGAUUCAUUCCCACCGUACGCUUUCUUCGUUCAUGGCCACCGGCUCAGCUGGCACCAAGAAGGGGACAUCGUCCACCUGAUCAAGAAUUUACGCAUUCCGGCGCUUGAAUCGGCUGGCUACGUGCCCCUACGCUGCGACUGGUACCCCAGCUGCCCGAUGGAGAUACGGCCGGUGACGCACGACGCCGUGGUCUGGGGGCCGGGAGUGAACCGGCAGCCGACUGAGGACGAGAUCGCGCGGUCAUGGAGUACGCUGUUCCCGGGGAUGCCCGUACCAGAGACCAUUGCGUCGCAAUGCUGUGCCCAGUUCGCGGUGACGCGCGAGGCGGUCCGCCGCCACGCGAAAGGCGACUACCGCCGCUUGCGCCAGUGGGUGCUGGAUUCCAGCCUGCCGGAUGAUGUCAGCGGGCGCGUGCUCGAGAAGCUGUGGGCGUACAUCAUGACGGGCGAGCCGGUGCACUGUCCUGCGCCACAGCGCUGCGCGUGCGAGUAUUUCGGCCAGUGCGAACCCAAGGCGUGGCCGCAGACGCCGGAGGGUCUUCCUGACGUACCGGAUGAGUGA